AUGAAAACCCAAACCAAAGACAAGACAUCACUGCCUGCUGUAGGACAUAUGAUAUCUGCGUCUUGCGGUGAAAUAGCAGCUUGCCUUGUAAGAGUUCCUGCAGAAGUUAUCAAGCAAAGAACUCAAGCAGGUAUACACGGGGUUGGAGCUAAAGCAUCUUCAUGGUCCAAUUUCUUAUAUUUACUUCAAAAUAAAUCCGGUGAAGGUUUAAUUAGAGGAUUAUACAGAGGAUGGAACACGACUAUAUUAAGAGAAAUCCCGUUUACAAUUAUCCAGUUUCCUUUAUAUGAAUGGUUAAAAAAAAAAUGGGCCGAAUAUGAAGACGACAAAUUAUCUUUAUUGAAAGGUGCAACAUGUGGUUCUGUUGCCGGUGGUAUAGCUGCAGCUGUAACCACCCCAUUGGAUGUUAUCAAGACUAGAAUUAUGUUAAGCAAAGAAAGAGUGAGUCCAAUUCCGUUAGUUAGAACUAUUAUAAAUGAAGAAGGCUAUAGAGUGUUUUUAAAUGGGAUCGGACCUAGAACUUGUUGGAUAAGUGCAGGUGGUGCUAUAUUCUUAGGCUGCUAUGAGCUAGUUCAUACUACUUUAACGACAUACUACUCGGAUAAACGUAAACUACAGUAG